AUGACGACCAUCUUCGGGCAGGAGCUGAGCCCCGGCAUGGCGGCGCUGGUGUACGUGUUCCUGGUGCUCGCGCUGCUGGUGCUGUGCGGCUCCAUCUGGUACUACUGGAGCUACGCGCGCAAGAUCGAGCGCUUCCUGGCGCGCGACAACCAGAACAACAACAUGAUGCGGCACCACCUCGUGGACUCGUUCCUGCAGCGCGGCGAGGAGGAGUGGCCCUGCUCCAUCUGCUUCCACGAUAACCACCCGGACAAGACGAGCUGCGUCAUGUGCGGCACGCCGCGCAUCGUCACGGCCACGACGCCGUCCAACCUGGCGCGCGCCUCGGGGCUGCACAAGCGCGACUUCAGCCAGAGCUUGCUCAACCAGCAGUCCCGGGUGCGCAGCUUCCACGUGCGCAGGCUCAAGCAGAUGGACCUGACCUCGAGGCAGAAGGCGGCGGUGCGGCGCCACCUCUGGAAGCGCAAGCGCGGCAAGGACGGCGUCAUGCGCUGGGUGCGCAUCGACGCGCAGCACCGCGACGAGGACAACGCGCCGCCCCCCGUCGAGGACGCCACGCAGCUCAACAAGGAGAACAGGAGCGAGACCAUGUACAGUGGCCUCAGCACGCCGCCCAACGGCACGGCCAUCCUCGGAGGAGACGAGUUCCCGCGCACCAGCAGCCGCUCGUCGUCGUCCUCGUCGCUCAGGGAGGACAACGAGCACAUUGCACUGGCAUUGAGGGACUUUGGCGUCUCGGAGACGGAGGGGCGACACCCGGACAGCUCCUUCCUGUCCACGGAGAACGACCUGGGGCGUCCGUCCUUCCAGCCGCUGCGCGCGACGGCGCUCAAGCGGCUGGAGGAGGCGGAGGAGCGCCCCACCAUGGCAUUCUACUCGCAGCAGAACCCGUUCAACCCGGCCAACAGCGGCGCCAACCCGUUCAACGCCAGUGGGAGUAGCAGGAAUCCUUUCGCCGGUAGCACAGUGAACCCGUUCGCCAGUACGCGUGGUCUGGCGAGCUCGCGAGGCUUGAACCACAUUGACGAGGACAGGGAGGGCACUAUCGGUGAGGGACCGGUCCCGGAAAUCGGCGGCCCCGUUGGUCCAGGGGAGGACCGGCGCUUUAACGAGUUGAACGACACGGCGAUCUCCACUGUUUCUACUGGAUAUGUACGACAUGAGGACGGCGCUGGAGGAUACGAGUGGACCCCUGCAGGAACGGUGAUCGCCUACACCGACACCAGUCGCCGCAUGGACUGCGAGGACGACCUGGAGGAGAUUGCGUCGCUGACUUUCCACGACAAGAACCGCUGGUUCCUCGAGCAGGUGCAGAAGCGCUGGCGCAGCUAUGAAGAGGGCCAUAUCCAGUUCGUCGUAAGACGUGAGUUCGUGGUGAGUGACUCGCUGGAGCAGAUGCUCAAGUGUCCGCCUAGUCGUUUCUGGGAGCGGCUGCGUAUUUACUUCGAGAACGAGCCUGGACUGGACGCUGGUGGUCUGAUUCGCGAGUGGUACGAGAUUUUGAGUGACUCGCUGUUCAACGACGAUUUUGGUCUGUUUAUCUCGACGAAGGGUGAAAACAUGGGCUACUGGAUCAACCCCACAUCCGCCUCCAAGGUGCCGAACCACCUGGAGUACUACGAGUUUGUUGGCCGGUUGCUGGCCAAGGCGUUGAUUGAGGGCUACAACAUGAAGAUGUCGCUGGCGCUGCCUCUUAUCAAGCACAUUCUUGGCGUGCCCAUUUCGUUUUCGGACCUGGAGUUCCUCGAUGAAGAUCUGCACAAGAACGCAAUGUGGAUGAAGCAGAAUGACCACGCUGAGCUUCUCGCUAUCGAUUUUACGGUUCAGGUUAUCACUUCCGAGGGCAAGUCCCACACGGUGGAGCUGGUUCCAGACGGCGCUGGACGCGACGUGACCGAUGAGAACAAGAAGGAGUAUCUGGAGCUGCUGCUCAAGCACUAUAUGUUCGAGAGCAUUUCGGAGCAGUUGGGCGCGUUGCUCAUGGGUUUCUACGACGUUAUGCCGCAGUUCCUCAUCACGGUGUUCGAUUACCAGGAGUUCGACUUGCUGUUGUCUGGUGUUCCGGAGCUUGAUGUCAACGACUGGCAUACUCACAGCGAGGUUCGCUGGAUAAAGCUUGAGAAGCCGACUCCUGUCGAGCAUCGCGUACUCAAGUGGUUCUGGGAAUGCAUGAACGAGUUCACGAGCGAGGAGCGCGCUCGCCUGCUGCAGUUCGCCACCGGCACGUCUCGAGUCCCGGUUCAGGGUUUCAAGGCGCUCAUGAGCAGUGACGGCCGUGUCCGUCGAUUCACUAUUCAGUUCGUGCAGCGUGGAGCACCGCCCACGGGUCUCAUGCCGAAGGGCCACACGUGCUUCAACCGCAUCGACCUGCCGCUCUACCACACCAAGGAAGAGAUGAUCAACUAUCUGACGCUUGUGAUGAACAUGGAGAUCUCGGGCUUCUGGAUGGAGUAG